GGUUUCAAACUAGUGACUCAGAAUUGGUUGUGUGUUAUUUUUCUUAUUUCUAAGAGAACCGACUACAGAAACUUCAGAAAAUGAAGUAUGUAGGUGGUAGGUGGUUGACAAUUUGUGAGAACUCAAGGGGAAAUGGCUUGUCUGCUGAGUUCUGUCUGCCUCCUGCUUCCGUCUUCUCACAACUCAUUUGAUUUUUUCUAUCCAGGAGAAGUCCCUAAUCCUCUCUGUCUGUCUCUUUCUCAUUCCAUCGCUAUCCUCAGGCAAUGGUUGGCUUCUUUUUAUUAAGAACCUUUAUUUUGUACUGUGUGGGACAGAUCCAAAUUCAAGGGAUCCCCCAAAUAUGUGUGUCCCAGCCCUCAUGUUCAGCCUGCCUGAGGAGCCCUGGAUGUGCUUGGUGCAAACACAAGAACUUCCUGAAGUCUGGGGAGUCCACUGAGCGGAGGUGUGACACUGCUGAGUCUCUGAGGACCAGAGGCUGUGAGCAGACAGACAUCAUCAACCCCCAAUCAGAACGGGUCUUCCUAAAGAACAAUGAGCUCAGCAGCGACCCAGACAAUGUGGUCCAGCUUAAGCCACAAAACCUCCUCUUCAAACUCAGAGUCGGAGUCCCUCAGACCUUCAGUGUGUCAUUCAAGAGAGCCGAGGGCUACCCCAUAGACCUGUACUACCUAAUGGACCUGUCCUUCUCCAUGAGGGACGACCUGGACACCAUCAAGAAUCUGGGCCAGGAAAUCCUCUCUACUCUAAAAAACGUCACCAAUAAGGUCCGCAUAGGCUUUGGCUCGUUUGUGGACAAGGUGGCUCUGCCAUAUGUCAGCCAGGUUAAGGACAAGAAGAACAACCCCUGUCCCAGCCGCCUGCACACCUGUCAACCUGCCUUCAGCUUCCAAAACAUCCUGGGACUAACCCAAGAUGUGGCCGAGUUCAAGACCAGGGUCAGCAACCAGAUCAUCUCUGGAAACCUGGACUCCCCCGAGUCUGGCUUUGACGCCAUCAUGCAGGCAGCUGUCUGCCAAGGUGUGAUUGGUUGGAACAAUGUCACCCGGAUCCUGGUUUACACGUCAGAUGACACCUUCCACAUUGCCGGGGACGGCAGGCUGGCUGGGAUAUUCGAACCUAAUGAUGGGAAGUGUCAUCUCAAUGGCAGCGGCUUCUACGAUGGCACUAAAUAUGACUACCCAUCGGUUGGCCAGCUCGCCAGGGUCCUGGCAGCCAAUAACAUCCAGCUGAUCUUUGCUGUCACCGAGGACAGUGUUGCUGCCUACAAGGCAUUGAGUAAACUAAUCCCUCAGUCAGUGCUGGGAGUCCUGAAGAACGACUCCAGCAACGUGGUCCAGCUCAUCUUAGAGGCCUACAGUAACCUGUCCUCCACUAUCUUAUUGGAGCACCAUGGAGCCCCGUCAGGUCUGGACGUGACCUACAGAUCCCACUGCACCCCUGAAGAAGGGGACAACACCCCGUGGCAGAGGAGGGGCGAGUGCAUGAACGUCAAGCUCAACCAGCAGGUUGACUUCACAGUGAGUCUGAAUAUUUCAAUGUCUGAAGGAGAAUGUCUGAAGGAGAAGAAGCAGUUUUUCCUCAAACUGCAGGGCAUCAGCGAGACCCUGAAGGUCUCCGUGGAAACCCUGUGUGACUGUGACUGCCAUGACAGAGAACAGCAGUCCACACAGUGCAAUGAAAAGGGAACACUCAACUGCGGAAUCUGCAGCUGUGACGAGGGUCACCUGGGUCAAAGGUGUGAGUGUGAGCAGCCUAAGGACAUGAUCUCUGCCGACUCUAUGGACACAACAUGUCGCCAAGACAGCUCCCCGCUGCUAUGUAGCGGGCACGGGAACUGUGAGUGUGGCAUAUGUGUGUGCCAGUGCACCCACCGUGGUGAUUUCUGCCAAUGUGAUGACAACAGCUGUGACCGCCACAACAACAUGCUCUGCAGUGGUAAUGGGCAGUGUGACUGUGGAACAUGUAAGUGUCAUGCCAACUACACAGGCUCUGCGUGUGACUGUUCCACCCUCACCGACCAGUGCAGGACUGCUGGGAAGCUGUGCAAUGGCCAGGGAACAUGCCAGUGUAACCAGUGCCAGUGCAACAAUGACUUCUUUGGCAUGAGCUGCUCAAAGAUUGCUAAUGCAUGCGCAAAAUUCCUGGCCUGUGUGACGUGUGAAUUGGCCAAUAAGGAAAGUGACGGACUAAAGAGUAACUGUAGCCGACCAUGUGGCUCAGUCAAGCCCACUUGGGUUGAGGGACCCCAGGAGUUCCCCUGCAGAGAAGACACCAUCUCCUACAAAGUGGAGCUGUUCCCUGACGGCAACAUCCUGGUCCUCUACGCAGAUCUGCCCCGCUCUGUUGACAAGACUUAUGUGAUCAUUGGCAGCUCGGUGUCCAGCAUCAUCUUCAUUGGGAUCGCAGUGAUCCUCAUCAGCUGGCUGAUGCUGGAGUUCCACUACCGGAGAGAGUACGCCAGCUUCCUCAAAGCAACGGAGACUGUAGUCUGGAAAAAUAUCGAAAAUCCUUUGUUCCAGGACGCCACAACCAUAGUUAUGAACCCCAUACACAUUCAAGAGGACUGAUCCAAACCCAUUCAACUCUGAAGCCAACCAACACUUUACUUCAGGAAAAUGUGUUACAUACAGUAAUAAGCGAAAGUGGGACCAUAUACUGAUCCUAACUUCUAGAAGAGGAACUGCUUGUUCCUUUAUCCAUUUUAAUUGGAAAAAUUCAAUGAGCCGAUUUGUAUAAUAAAUAUAAAUUUAAAGGACUAAAAUUAUAAAAUAUUAGAAUAUUGAAUCUCCCUAAAGGCUUAAGUCAUAUAAAAGUUAUACUCAAAUCGGAAUUGGUUCUCUAGCAGAUUAGUAAGAAUGGCUCACCCCUUGUUCAAAAAUGGCCUUUUUCCCUUUGUCCAGAUUAUAACCUCUCAGUUUUGGUUAUUUUAAAAUGAAAACCUCUCCAAAAUGUCCCUAUUUUUUAAACAAGCCAUAGAAAGAUGGUUACAAUUUCAGUUUUAUUUUUCCUACCGAACCACAUGACCUUUGGAGGUGUUCAGAACCAGGUUAAGGGCAGAGAAAGCUUGUUGGACACUAAGAAAGCUUUGUUGUAGAGAUUUUAACACAUAAUCCAAGGAGGGGCUAGUUUAGAAUAAGACUGCUUCCUACCUAUGUUGUUGAUGUAAAUUGUAUAUGGGGAAUACAACCAUCCCAGCUCUACAGAUUUUGCUGCGAAGAGACAGAAUCAUUAGAUAAAUUGUUUUGGUACUGCUCAUAUGUAUGUAGCUUGUUUUUGGUUACAAGUUCAGGAAUGGCUGAAAAAUCAUACCAUUUACCUAGAACUAUAAUAAUACAAAUUUUAAUCUUUAAUUUACCAUCUGUAGAAACCAAUGGCUACCCUGCCGCCCCAAUGUAAUGGACAUACACAAAAUUGUCCAAAUUUGUUGAAGUGAAAUGAAAAAAAUGACUUGUUUCAAAACAACAACAAAAAUGAAAAAUGUUGCGUGCAAAAGCAUUCACCCCCUUUACUAUGAAGCCCCUACAUAAGAUCUGGUGCAACCAAUUACCUUCAGAAUUCACAUAAUUAGUUAAAUAAAGUCCAUCUGUGUGCAAUCUAAGUGUCACAUGAUCUGCCACAUGAUCUCAGUGUGUAUAUAUACACCUGUUCUGAAAGGCCCCUUAGUCUGCAACACCACUGCGCACGGGGCACCACCCAGCAAGCGGCACCAUGAAGACCAAGGAGCUCUCCAAACAGGCCAGGGACAAAGUUGUGGAGAAGUACAGAUCAGGGUUCGGUUAUAAAAUAAUAUACGUAACUUUGAACAUCCUAUGGAGCACCAUUAAAUCCAUUAGUAAAAAAUGGAAAGAAUUUGGCAUCACAACAAACCUGCCAAGAAAGGGCCGCCCACCAAAAUUCACGGACCAGGCAAGGAGGGGAUUAAUCAGAGAGGCAACAAAGAGACCAAAGAUAACCCUGAAGGAGCUGCAAAGCUCCACAGCGGACAUAGGACCACUUUAAGCCGUACACUCCACAGAGCUGGGCUUUACGGGAAGAGUGGCCAGAAAAAAACAUUGCUUAAAGAAAGAAAUAAGCAAAGACGUUUUGUGUUCGCUAAAAGGCAUGUGGGUGACUCCCCAAACAUAUGGAAGAAGGUACUCUGGUCAGAUGAGACUAAAAUGUAGCUUUUUGGACAACAAGGAAAACGCUAUGUCUGGU